AUGUCAGCCAGAAGAAGAGAAGGACCAGAGGAGGAGGAGGAGGAGGAGGAGGAGGAGGAGGAGGAGGAGGAGGAGGAGGAGGAGGGGAACAGUGCUGAGGAGGACGAAGAGGAGGCCGCCUCCUCAUCCUCACCUGCGUCCAGGAGAAAUUCUGAACCACCAGCAGCCAAAACUGUCACCUGCACCCCCGAGGCGGUGGACGACUUCCUGAGGAACUUCCUGCGCAGAGCCGGGCUGGUCCGGACUGUGAGCCGCUUUGAGGUGGAGUGGUACGGCUCCGCUCUGAAACGCCUCACAGAGACCCUGAACAUUGCAGCUGCUGCCUCCCCGGCGGUCUUCUUCAUCCCCGAUGCUCUCACACACCGACACCUCCUCCAGAACGAGCUGGCCCGGGUUCGCGCAGAGACGGAGCUGCUCAGGGAGGAGGUGCUGGCUGCAGGAGCGAGCCUGGUGAGGAUGCAGAGGGAGAGGGACUUCCACCGGGUGCAGUACCAGCGAGUCUCCGAGGACAAAAACAAGCUUAUAGAAGACUUCAAACACCUGAAGAAACAUCUGGAGUCCUACGAGCCCGCGCUGAAGCAGCUGGAGGACAAAUACCAAACAGCUGUGAGGCAGAAGACGCUCCUCAGCCUCCACAGAGAGAGACUGCAAAGCAGCACAGACCCUAAACCAGCGCAGGUGAGGAAGGAGAGGAGGAGCACCAGUGCUGAAAAUCCACCAGCUCAGACCACCGGACACCCAAAGGACUCAGAGUUUCCCCCCUGCAGUGGGCUGCCCAGGACUCACCUGGCGCAGGUGAAUGCUCACACAGGGAAAAGCCCCGGUUCUUUUAGCCUCACGUGCUUCAUAAGAGCGCACCAGAAGCCAAUCAGCUGCAUCGAUCUCCAUCCAAGUCAAUCGAUCCUCGCCUCUGCCAGCGAUGAUCGCACCUGGAGGCUGUGGGUUCUGCCAGCUGAAGGAGAGCAGGUGGGUGAGAUGCUCCUGACAGGUGAGGGUCACUCUGAUUGGCUGUCAGGCUGCAGCUUUCACCCUGACGGAUCCAAACUGGCGACAACCAGCGGAGACGCGACAGUGCGGCUCUGGGAUUUCUCUCGUGGCUGCUGUGUGCUGACGCUCUCUGGUCACACCCAGCCCACCUGGGCGUGCUCCUUUCACUCGUGCGGUCACUUCUUGGCCUCCUGCUCCGCCGACAGAACCGCUAAGCUGUGGGAUCUGAACAGCCAGCGCUGUCGCCUCACGCUGCGCCGCCACACCGCCUCCGUCAGCAGCGUCUGCUUCCUGCCCCGCUCCAACCUCCUCCUCACCUGCUCCGCCGACAAAACCCUGGCUCUAUGGGACGCCAGGCUGGGCAUCUGCACCGCCACCUUUCUUGGACACGGUCACCCCUGCAACCACGCCGCCUUCACCUCAGCGACCAGCGCCGUGGCCUCCUGUGAUUCUCGCGGCGUCAUUAACCUGUGGGACAUCCGAAAACCCGCGGCGCCGAUGGCUGCUGUGGACACCGGGCCGCGCGGCGCCAACCAGGUGGCCUUCAGCCAAUCGGGGAAGAUGCUGGUGGUCGCCAGCAGCGACGGUUCGGUCAAACUGGUGGAGGUGGACUCUGGCACCGUGAGCAGCCUGGAGGGACGCGGCGACAGCGUGGAGAGCGUGACCUUUGACCACAAGGGGGAGACUGUGGUAUCAGCAGGGAGCGACGGGAGGGUUAACAUCUGGUCCUAAGAUCUGACCACCGUAGUGAUCGAUAUCAGAGAAUAAAACUACAAUUUCCCGUUAAACCAAGAAUAAAAAGACACCAUGGAGGCAGUAAACCAAAAUAUUUUAAUGUGCA